GUUUCAAAGUCUUUAACAUCGGUUCAAUAGCAACAACAAAAAACACACACACAGACCCAAAACUCAUCAGACUUCUCUUCCUUUCUGUUCUUUCUUUCCUAGUUCCAAAGAGACUUUUUUGUUAUAAAACUGAACCUAAUAUUUAAUUCCUUGUCAUUUUUACAGAGCCUAUUCUAGUUCUCUAAGCUUCAAUAGAGAUUGCUUUCUGGGUUUCUGGGUUUGUUGUUUCUGGGAUUGAAAGCAAGUCCUGCUUGGUUUUUUUCAUAUAUAUUCCUGUUCUUCUUUCCUUGUUUCACUGAAAAUUCUGUUUCAUCUGAAUUUUCACUUUCUUGGUUUUUCUCUUCACACACCCUUUUCUGUUUGGAAUUGAAAGAAAGUUCAGAACUUGCUUUUUUUCAUUCAAAGCAUUGACUUUUUCAACAAAGGCUUGCUCUUUCUGGGUUUUCCGGGCUCAUUUUCUGGGGUCGACUUUGUUGUAGGAUUUUCUCUGCAACCAAACAAGGAGAACUUGUCACCAUGGUUGGUAAGGUUGCUCGCAGUCUAGCUUUCUUUGUUUUCUUCCUCGGAGUUUUCGAAGCUGUUGCCGGAAUCCACAAUUGUAAUGGCUCUACCUUCGCUGGUAUCGAAUUGCCUGAUCACCUUAGCUUCAAUGCCGUUUCGUCUUCUUCGAGUACCGGUUGUAGAGGUUCAGAACCAACUAGGCAAGCAGUACUAAAUGAAGAAGGAGAUGAACGUAGAGAUGCACCUCAUAAACAGACUUUGAAGCUCCACUUAAAGCACAAUCCACUGAGCAAAGAAAAGGAGCCUAAAAAAUCUGUGGCUGAGUUCACAAACAAGGACUUGACUAGAAUUCAGACUCUUCAUACAAGGAUUGUGGAGAAGAAGAACCAAAAUACCAUUUCAAGGCUAAAUAAAGAGAAGGAGCAAUCAAAGAAGCAGAUUAAGUCAGUUGUUCCUCCGGCUGCAGCGCCGGAAUCUUCUGCAGGCGACCUUUCGGGGCAGCUCAUGGCGACUUUGGGAUCUGGGGUGACUCUUGGCUCUGGAGAGUACUUCAUGGAUGUGUUUGUGGGUACUCCUCCUAAACAUUUCUCUUUGAUACUUGAUACUGGUAGUGACCUUAAUUGGAUUCAAUGUGUUCCUUGUUAUGAUUGUUUUGAACAAAAUGGACCCCAUUAUGAUCCUAAAGAUUCCAGUUCUUUUAGAAAUAUAAGCUGCCAUGAUCAUCGGUGUCAAUUGGUCUCAUCCCCUGAUCCUCCUCGGCCUUGCAAAGCUGAGAAUCAAACAUGUCCUUACUACUAUUGGUAUGGAGACAAUUCAAAUACCACCGGAGAUUUUGCAAUUGAAACGUUCACGGUUAAUCUUACUACACCUUCCGGGAAGUCAGAAUUUAGGCGGGUGGAGAAUGUGAUGUUUGGGUGUGGUCAUUGGAAUAGAGGCCUAUUCCAUGGGGCCGCAGGAUUGUUAGGACUGGGAAAGGGGGCUCUCUCCUUUUCCUCCCAGCUGCAGUCUCUCUAUGGUCACUCAUUUUCGUAUUGUCUUGUGGAUAGAAAUAGUGACACAAAUGUUAGCAGCAAGUUGAUUUUUGGAGAAGACAAGGACCUUUUGAGUCAUCCCAAUCUGAAUUUUACUUCAUUUGUUGUUGGUAAAGAGAAUCUGGUUGAUACAUUCUACUAUCUUCAGAUUAAAGCAAUUGUGGUUGGAGGAGAGGUGCUUAACAUACCAGAGGAGACUUGGAAUUUGUCACCAGAAGGAGCUGGUGGUACAAUAAUCGAUUCUGGUACCACCCUAAGUUAUUUUGCAGAACCUGCUUAUGAGAUUAUCAAGGAGGCAUUUGUGAAGAAGGUUAGAGGGUACCCGUUAUUAGAAGACUUUCCCAUUCUGAGUCCUUGUUACAACGUGUCUGGAGUUGAGAAGAUAGAGCUGCCUGAAUUUGAAAUUCAUUUUGCAGAUGGAGCUGUGUGGAAUUUCCCAGUUGAGAAUUACUUCAUCCCGCUUGAACCAGAGGGUAUUGUUUGUUUGGCAAUUAUGGGAACUAGUCGCUCCAGUCUUUCAAUAAUUGGAAACUACCAGCAGCAGAAUUUUCACAUCUGGUAUGACAUAAAGAAGUCUAGGCUGGGAUAUGCUCCAAUGAAGUGUGCUGAUGUUUGACGUUUUUAUAGAAGAUUGGAGAUAAUGGAAGGAAAAUUGUAUACAACGGUGAUUAGGAAGGGAGAGUUUUUUUUUUUUUUUUUUUUUUUUUUUUUUUCCCCUAUGAAAGAUAACACAAAAAGUAGAUUCAUUGUUUUUUUCAAUCUUUUGAGACCAGGUGAUUAUAGAAACAAGGUCAUAAUUUGCUUUAACAAAAAUGUACCAUUGCUUUUAUACAUAUAUUAUCUGCUCCCUUUUGAAGUUA